AUGGCGGGUAUGAGGCCGGCGUUCGCGUACACGGUGGUGUACGUCACGGACGUGGCGGAGUCGCUGGAGUUUUACGCGAAGGCAUUCGGGUACGAGAUCCGCCGGCUGGACGAGUCCCACCGGUGGGGGGAGCUGGAGGCGGGGCAGACGACCAUCGCCUUCACACCGGUGCGCCAGCACGAGACGGACGACCUCACUGGCAUCGUCCACCCCGCCGCCUCUGCCGGGGAGAGGCCGCCGCUGGAGCUCUGUUUCGUCUACACCGACGUCGACGCCGCCUACCAGGUCACCUUUACAUCUCUUCCCCUUCUCAUCAGUCUCCGACGGGUGGUCUUUUUCUUUUUGUUUUGUUUUUCUCACACACCGUUGUUGCUCCGCCGCAGCGGGCGGUGGAGAACGGGGCGGUGCCGGUGAGCGCCCCGGAGGAGAAGGAGUGGGGACAGAAGGUCGGUUAUGUGCGGGACCUUGACGGCAUCGUCGUCCGCCUCGGCAGCCACGUGAGCCCGCCCCACCAGCGCUGCGCCUGA